AUGCACCUGAACGCCACGGCCCCGGCCGUGCCGGGCGGCCCCCUCCACCUGCACCCCAGCGGCUAUGCCAACGCCUCCAACCGCUCCGACCUGCUCCCCAAAGGGCCCGACGAGGAGGACCUGGACGUCAACACCGACAUCUACUCCAAGGUGAUGGUGACCGUCAUCUACCUGGCUCUUUUCUUGGUGGGCACCGUGGGCAACUCCAUCACGGCGUACACGCUGGUGCGCAAGAAGUCGCUGCAGAACCUGCAGAGCACCGUGCACUACCACCUGGCCAGCCUCGCCUUCUCCGACCUCCUCAUCUUCCUCCUCUGCAUGCCCAUCGAGCUCUACAACUUCAUCUGGGUCCACCACCCCUGGGCUUUCGGGGGGGCCGUCUGCAAGGGCUACUACUUCCUCCGGGACGCCUGCACCUACGCCACGGCGCUCAACAUCGCCAGCCUCAGCGUGGAGCGCUACAUGGCCAUCUGCCACCCCUUCAAAGCCAAGAGCAUCAUGUCCCGCAGCCGCACCAAGAAGUUCAUCAGCUGCAUCUGGAUCGCCUCCUUCCUCCUCGCCAUCCCCAUGAUCUUCACCAUGGGGGAGAUCUACGGCAAGGACCAGAAUCCCGACUCCCUCAUCUGCACCACCAUCGUGGACGCCUCCACCCUGAAGACGGUCAUCCAGGUCAACACUUUCAUCUCCUUCGUGUUCCCCAUGGUCGUCAUUUCUGUGCUCAACACCAUCAUCGCCAACCAGCUCAUGGUCAUGUUCAAGCAGGCUGCCCAGGAAAACCAGGUCUGCACCAUCGGCGGGCAGCAGACGAUGCUCAGCAUGUCCAUGGAGCCCAGCCGCGUGCAAGCCUUGAAGCACGGCGUGAGGGUCCUACGUGCUGUGGUGAUUGCCUUCGUGGUCUGUUGGCUCCCUUAUCACAUACGGCGUCUCAUGUUCUGCUAUGUCCCCUCCAGUCACUGGACAGAUUUCCUUUUCAACUUCUACCACUACUUCUACAUGCUGACAAAUGUCCUCUUCUACGUCAGUUCGGCAAUCAACCCCAUCCUCUACAACCUGGUGUCUGCAAACUUCCGACAGAUCUUCCUCUCUACACUCACACUCCUGUGCCUGCCAUGGAGGAAGAAGAAGAAACGACUGGCCUUCACCAGGAAAUCCAACAGCAUCUCCAGCAACCACACAUUUUCCAGCCAGGUCACAAGGGAAACUACAUACUGA